CUUAGUAACAAAGAUGGAGUCGGACGUUUCUUUCAUCCCGCAGCUAGUGGAGAGCAUUAAAGAGCAAAUUAACCAUAGCGCUAGCAACACUUCGGCCUUUCAUGCUAGCUCUAUAGCUGGGGCCGAGACUAAUAAAAACACACACAACACCAUUAAUUCCCAGAAUAAAGAUGAUCAGAAUCACAAGGAGCUUUUCAGUGAGCUAUUCACUGACUCGUUCUGCAAGGUGUGUGGAGCUGUGCUGCAGUACGAAUCACAGCGCAUUUCCCACUAUGAGGGUAAGAAGCACGCCCAGAAGGUCAAGCUCUUCUUUCAAAUGCAGAAAGAUAAAGAUAAAAAGAAUGCCAAGAAUGAGCAGAGCAACUUCAGGAAUGAGGGUGUUGUGGAUAAGAACCGCUUCUGCAGCCUGUGCAACAUGGUGUUCAGCUCCCCGGUGGUGGCGCAGUCUCACUACACAGGGAAAGUGCACGCUAAGUAUCUGAAGAAGUUCGGAGGAGAGAAGCUGUCCACAGCCUUGACCCCGCCGGCCACACAGUCACAAGCAGAUAACGCUCCUACUGAGGCUGCUCCUUCGAUGGACCCCCCAGUGGUCGUGCAUGAGUCGGCGCCUCUAGAGGAGAGGUGCGGGGAGCCGGGUAGCGAGCCUGCCCCCUCGGGAGUGGACCUGAACGACUCCAAUAAGUACUGCAAGCUGUGCUCCGCAUCCUUCAACAACUCCCAGAUGGCGCAGCAGCACUACAGCGGAAAGAAGCACCUCCGCAACGAGACGCGCAGGAAGCUGCUGCGGGACCUGGGCGAGGAGGCUGUGCCUGCUGACAGCGACUCCAACGAUGUUGGAGUGAGUACCUUUAUUUGUCCUAUCUGCAGCAUUACCCUGAACUCCAUAGAAAUGUACCAGGCACAUAUGCAGGGGAAUAAACAUCAGACCAAAGAGACAAAGGUGGCUAACCUUAUGAAGAACACCAAGAAGAAGGUCUACGAUUCCUUCCAGGAUGAGCUGGCUGACUACAUUCAGGUUCAGAAAGCCAGGGGCCUGGCCCCAAAGACUUCCAGCAACAAAGGGAGGGAGGGGUUUGAAGACAGCGAGUGCGCGGAGGAUGAUGAGGCCAGCAACUUCUCCGUGGAAGACACUGGUGGUCCUUGGCAAGAAGAGACUGGUGAGGAGGGGUACCCUAGCUUCCCAAUGCAGGAAAACAACUGGUUCAGAGGAAGCAAAUGUGUGGAGAGCGUUCAGGGAUUUCCACCAAAGACCCAAAGAAGGUUUAUUAAAGACAAUUUUGCAGGAAAUGCCAUGAUUCCCAAAUUUGCACCCCAGAACAUGCUGUUCAGGCCAGGCCCGUUUGGUAAGGACAUGCAGAAUCCUGGUUUCCCUCCAUUUGGGCAACCUGAGUUCCAAGCCCAACCAUGGGGUCCACCUUUUCCACAAUCGUGGGAGGGUAACCGAUUCAGACAGGGCGAGUUUGAAGCGAAGGGACCUGGCUUUUCACCAAAGAACAGGUUGCUCAGGAAGAAUAUGAGAAGCCAAAGAUUACAAGCGAAGGUGACCCCAUCGGGAGAGUGCGAGGAUGGUUCUUCAUUUCCGUCUAUGGACUACAGACCAGGUCCUCUUGCGGAACCACGUGGGGUAUUCCAAGUGAGUCCCAUGUACCCACCCCCACAGGAGAACAUCCCAUGUUACCCUUAUAGCGCAGGCGUGCAGCCUCAGCCAGCAGCCCUCUACAAAGAGGGCAUCCAGGAGCUCUCCAGCCAUGACUCGGAGGAUGACUAUGGGCACGGGACCUCUGAGGAUGCGGGAAGCAGCCCGAGCAGGAGGGUGAAGAGGAAGCACAGGAAAGAGAGGCGGCCGCGGGAGGAUUCAGAUAGUGAGGAAGAACGAGCCAGGCACAAGAGGAGGAGGCGACACCAGCACACUGGGCCGGGGAAGGAGAGGGAGGAGAAACAGAAAGCAAAGAAGGAGAGGAAGAACAAAGAGGAGAAGGAGGGCGAGAUGACCGAGGAGAAGCCAGCGAAGGAGGAGAAGGCAAAGCACAAGGGCAAGGAGGGCAAACCGAAACACAAGAAAGAUAAGAAGAAGAAAGAGGAAUUGGACGGGAGAACUGAGGAAGAGAAGCUCUGGGAUGAAUCCAUAAUGGGGUUAAUGUAAAGCAUCCCGUUGCAUCAGUCUCACAAGAGUGCAAUCGUUCUACUGUCGAAUGCAUUUGAUGGACUUUAACACCUUGCAAAAGACUAAUUUAAACCUGCAUAGAUCCUGAUCUGUUUAUCUGACAAAUUAUUAUCAUUAUUUUCUUACAUUUAAUAACAAGUUUAAAAAGCAGUUUUUAACAGUAACAUUAGAAAGAUACUGUGACAUGCUAUGAAAAAAAGCAAAGUUACUUUACUGCGUUUUGGGUAGCAACUUGGUGUGCUCUGUGGCAGUGAGCUGAAUGAUUCUUUGUUUUGCAGGUGCAAUACGAUAUUUGAAUAUCACUCAAGGUCUGGAUGCAGUACAAGAUUGUUAAUGCUUAUAAUGCUUAUAAAUUCACAGAUGGGGUGGGCUGAAUUAGUUCCCAUUGUGUUCUUGUAUUUGUUUAUUUUGACUCCACACCCUGGUGAGUACAGGAGCCUAGCAGUGAAAGACUUCUAUUAUAUGCAAACUUAUGGAAACUAUAAUAAGAUUCAAAAUGGAA